AACUAGGAAUGGAAUCCAGGAGUCCUGACUCCCAGCCCCCCUGCUCUAGCCACUAGACCCCCUGGCCCCUCAGACAUACAGAGAAGGCCCCGGGAGGCAGUGCCUAGCAGGGGACGGGCUAAGGAGAGGGAUGGGGCCUUUGGGUAGCAGAAGAAAGUCAUGAACAAGUUCCUUCUGUCUGCUCUGCACUGCUGUCCCGGGAGUCUCCGCAGCCAGCCCUUCGCACCCGGGGCAGACCGGGAUGCCAGGGCCUCUCUGAGUGGCCUGCUGGGGUGGCCAUCACGCUGAGAAGAGAGCUCACCCUGGAGGACCCUGCAGCACCACAGGCCAGGAACCAGUUUCCACCCUGCUAAUUCUACGAUGCCCCGUGCUGAACCCACGGGGCCUCCCUCCACACGCUCCCUAUGGCCACCAUCUGAGAGGCAGCUGGCUGAGGCAUGGCAGCUGGUCACACAGGGACCCCUCACCCUCUGCUAAGAUUCAGCUGUCUCUGGGGUGGAGACAGCAGCUGGUUACCAGCCCCUCAGAAUGCACCACUCCAGAGCAGUUUAGGACAGGACAGGAAGACUCUUUAGCUCUGGGACAGUGUCCGGGAGUUUUAACUUGGCUGUAGUCACCUACGCUGGUGUUUAGCCAGGCCGCGGGUGCUGACUCCCUGGUCUUGUGGACAGUGGCGGGGCUAGUCAGUGAACACAAGUGGCUCUGAGUGUCAGGUUUCCCCUGGAAGGCAUUGCCUCUGAGAGCAGUGUGCCUCCUAGCCCCGGGCUGGGGCCUCAGGGCCAGCACUGACCACCCCUGCUGGCCAGUCCUGGCCUGGCCCCCUCGGUCCCCAGUACACAUCCUGAGCCACACCCGCCCAGCUCAGGAAAGCUGACGAAAUCCCAGCUCCAGGUGCUCCAGCUAAAUGCCAGGAACACGCCUUCUGCCAGCCUAUGCUAGCUCACUGCCGGGGCACUGGGCUCGAAGCCGGCCAGGGCCCAGCCCCCAAGCCCUGCCGGGGGGUUCCCCUUUGUGUCUCUGUGGUGGCAGGUGAGCUGCCCCCACAAGCUGGCGCUUCCUGUGUCCCUGAUUCUGUCUGUGCUGGGUGGUGACUACGCCUGGGAAUGGCAAACCUGGCCGCGGAGUGGGAGGGGCCCCGGCCCCACGCUGGCCCCGUGCCAGGCAUGAAAUGAGACACCUUGCACCACAGCUAUAACUUGCAGGUAACUUGGUGAGGUGUCUCCCACUCACACCUCUCGGCGUAUAAAACCCUGGUGGGGGACCAGCCCGCCCCGUCCCAGAAGAGCCUUUGGAGCAGCAAAGCCCCAGCACCUGAUGUGAAGCCAGCUCCUGGGAGUUCACCCAACGCCUUGACUCAGCCCGGCUCAUAGGAGGAGCCCGUGUCCCCUCCCGCACCGCUCCCAGCAGCAUCCCACGGGAAAGCCAAGCAGGAGAGGGAGCUGAGGAACCGGAGCGCCGGAGAGACGCAGCAUGGGCCAGUGCCACUGUCACAAGAAGCGCAAGGACAGCCAGGAGCUAACUGACGUGGAGAGGGCGAUCGAGAUCGUGAUCAACAACUUCCAGCGCUACGCGGUGAAGGGGCGGAAGGAGUGCCUGACCCCCAACGAGCUCAGGGAGCUGGUGGUGCAACAGCUGCCUCACCUGUCGCAGCAUGUCUGCUCACUGGAUGAGAAGAUCGAGUGCCUUGGGGACCCGGAUGAGGCCAAGCUGGAGUUUGGCGAGUACUGGGCCAUCAUCGGGGAGGCAGCCAAAGGCUGCCGGGUGAAGAAGUAAUAGGCCUGAGGGGAGACACGGACCAUGAGGCCUCCGACCAUCUGCACGGAGAGCGAGCGAGCAAGACUGUCGGCCAUGAUGUGCUGUGAAAAUGCAGUGUUAAUUCUUCUGGGGCAUGUCUCCUCUCUCCUUCCCCCAGCUCUGGAACCUCUUCAUUCUGGGCUCUCUCUCUCUCCCUUCCUCCAAGUCUAGAACCUUCUCAUUCCUGCUCUAGAACCCCCUCCGCUCACCCGAUCUAGAACUUUUUCAUUCUCCCUUACUCUGGAACCUAUAAAUGCUGGGGAGGAGGGGGUGUGGUCCCUCCAGCUCUGGAACCUUAAAUUCAUGGACAUCAAUUCCUUUAGUGUAGAAACUGUAAGCCCUAGAUUUGAGUCUUGACAGUUUUGGACCCUUAAAAUGUACCAAUUUCUAGCUCUCUUGCUCUAGAACCUUUGCAUUCUGGGGAGGGGGGUUCCGCAGGGGUUUUAGCUACUUUACUCUGGAACUUUUAGAUUCUGUGGUUCCAUCUGCCCAAUCCUGGCACCUUCCCCUCGUCCUGUCCCUGGUUCCAGGAUCUCUCCUUGGAUCACCGCCCCGAACCCUUGCUGUCAGCGGUUUGGGGUUCAGAGCUGGGCAUUGGACCCUCCGUUCCUACAGGUCGCUGUCAAUCUCGGGGGCGGGGUGUUUGGGAAGCGGCUGACAGCCCUGGGGCAGCUCACUGCAUUGGGCGGAACCUAUGGGGAGAUGGGGCUGAAAAGAGAGGGGAGGGAGCCAGGAGCUGGGGUUAGGUGUGGGACCAGGGUGGGAGGCAGGGACGGGUGGAGGGAGCUCAGCGUGAGGCUGUUGUGGGUCUGGGAUCUUUGGUUGGUCUAUGGAGUGUGGGGCUCGGCUUCGGUUCAGUGUGACUCUGGCUCCAUGUGAAGGGGGCUACCCCCGCUCUUUAGAGUGACCAUGUGGUCCCAGUGCCACAUGCAGGAUUGGGGGAUGGGGGCCCCCUCAGGAUGGGAGCCCCUCCCGCAGCACGACCCAUCCCCCUCUGCAGUGCGACGAGCAUGCAACACCCCCAAGCGCCCCCACACCCCGCCAGCUGGACACUCAGAAUUGUAAGAGCCCCAGCACGUGAAGGCUGUGGGGAGGGGGGGCACUGUGCACACCGACGUCCCUUCUCUUUAUGGAGCCCCGACACGCUUGACACCAAUUCUGACUCCAGACCCCACCGAGGCGCAUCCUGGGGGGUUGAACUUUCCACUGGAAGGAAGCAGAGGCCAGUGGUUAGAGCAGGGGCGGCUGGGAGCCAGGACUCCUGGGUUCUAGUC